AUGAGUACUUGUGAUGACAGUUCGUCUUCAGCAAAGGCAGCAACUGAAUGUCACCGAUUUUUCGGCUACAGUAAGAGAAUUCCAAGAGAUGUAAAACGACAUUGUGGAAUGUGUAGGCAGCAUGGACUGGUGGUUGAGACACGAGGCCAUAUUUGUCAAUUCAAAAGUUGUACAUGUGAAAAACGUUCAAUUAUGUCCACGCAGAUACGGUUGCGAAGACAACAGGACAAGAGAUUCCAGAGAACAACGAAUGCAUCAGAAGCUGACGUCAUACCAUCGAACGGCAGUAUCGUUGAGACCAACAACCGAGACGAAACAAAUGUGUGCUAUUUCUGUCAGAAAUGCAAAAAUCAUGGAGUUUUAAUGUGGAAAAAGGACCAUAAAAGAAAUUGUAAAUUUGCGAGUUGCCGAUGUGAGCAUUGCGAUCUCAUCGAUACAAGACGAGUAUUGGAUCGACAUAUUAAAAGAAAUAAAGAAAUGAAUAUUGGUAUGGAUAAUGAAAAAACGUCCAGUUCCCCUAAAUUGAGUUGUUCACCAGAGAAACUCGGUCUCGAGUACAAUAGCAAUGCUUUGAAUGUUGUAAAAAUUCCAACAAUUAACGCAUCGCACUUAAACAAUACGGAAACGGUAGGCUUUUGA